AUGGAUAGUGAUUCGUCGAGAAGAUGGCCUGGGAAACACAACUCUGUGACGCUUCCGAAGAAAGAGACUGGACUGAUCCUAGGUGUAGGAUACGAUGAUGUGAUUGAAUCGCAUCAGCCAGCUGAGCCUAGAACAGCAAAAAUGUCGACGGGUAAGAAACGGCAGGAUGAAGUGGUGUCAAACGGUGAAUUUUUUGGAGAUCAGUUGUGGCAAUCACCAGUCGACAUGAUCGAAUUGGGUGUGGAAACUGAAGAAUACAACAAAGCGAAAAAUGCAGAUAAUUGUGGAAAUGGACGUUCAUCAGAAUUGUUGCAAGAUUGUUCGUAUCGUCAUUGUGUAGAUGAAAAGAAUGAUGAGAUUAAUCUGGCCGUGCAUAUGCAGAAGACAUCAAAUUCCUGUGUUGGAGAUCCUGUGCAAGAUGAGGAGGGAAGCGAGUCAAGCACUGGAGUGAAAAGCUUAACAGAGGAGAAAAAGGUAACGAGUGAUUCGGAAAGCGAUGAAGCGCCUGAUCUUUCGCAUGGUUACGACGAGAAUGGAAUGUAUGAAGUGGAGAGAAUUCUGGCGAAACGAACCCAAGAUCAAUGGGGAAGACCUGAAGUGCAAUAUUAUGUAAAAUGGAAGGAUUGGCCAUACAAAACGUGCACAUGGGAAACUAAAAGGAGCUUCGGAGACUGGGCAGAAGUGAGAACUGAAUUCAAUCGGCGUUAUCAUGCGUUGCAAGUUGUUACACGUAAACCAACUUACUUACAAAAUCAUCUUCGUCAAUUGCACAGUUUGGCACGUUGGGAGCAUUCGAUCAACACCAUUCUAACACAGAACAGUCGUGAAAUUCUCUACAUCCACAAUGAUGUCGAUGCGGAACGAGCUCGUCACGAUUUCACGUACAUCCUCAAGAAUAAAUAUCCUUCCGAGUUGACGAUGUUUCUGAAAGAGGUGAAUACGUCGGUAAGCUGUAAUUGCGGUUCGGAUUGUGGUGACAUUGACAAAUGCUGUCCUCGGAGAGAAGGUUCGAAGUUUUACUACAAAAGAAGGAAUGGCAUUAAGAAUGAAUUUUACACGUGUGCAGAUCGAAGAGUGAGUGCAAAAAUUGUGGAAUGUAACGAUGCGUGCUCGUGUGACCAGUCAUGCCCAACGAAAGUCGUGCAGCGAGGAAGAACACAGAAAGUGGCGAUUGUAAGACGUAAAACGUGUGGAUGGGGAGUGGUGACAUUGGAGCCGAUUCUGGAGAGUACAUUCGUCGUAGAAUAUGUCGGAGAGGUGUUGUCAAUUGAAGAGGCUCGAUCUCGUCAUGAUUCGACGUAUCAUUUUGAAAUGGAUGGUGGUGACGAGGUGAAGUACGUAAUCGACGCGAAACAUUUUGGCAAUGAAGCCGCAUUCAUCAAUCAUUCAUGCGAUCCAAAUUUGGAUGCUGUCUGUGUGUAUGUGGAACGCAUUGAUCCAGCAUUACAUCGUAUCGCGCUUUUCAGCAAUCGACGUAUCGAGAAAGGUGAAGAGCUCACGCUGAACUAUUUUCGUGGUCGAGAAGACGAAAUGAAGUCGAGAACAUCGACGAGUUCUGGAUUAAGACGUCGAUGCGAAUGUGGGGCAAAGAAUUGCAUGAAAUAUUGGCCGACGGUUGAAACUGACUCAGAUGACGAAAACUCAUGA